AUGCAGCCGUCCGCCUGCACCUGCCAGUGCUGCGCCUCUUUCGUGUUCGACUGCGUCUCGCUCAAAGAGCCGAGGUACAUCACCCACCUUCAGGCUCUACCUUAGGGUACUCCUGCUUUCGACUGUCCUUGUUGGACACGUUGACUGACUUGGCUACACUGCUACACAGACCCACCCUCGACGUGCCAGCGUCCGAGGUCUGUUUUCCCUUUGCCUGCACCUGCCAGUGCUGCGCCUCUCUCCCGUUCGCCUGCGUCUCGCUCAAAGAGCCGAGGUACAUCACCCCCCUUCAGGCUCUACCUCAGGGUACUCCUGCUUUCGACUGUCCUUGUUGGACACGUUGA